AUGUCCGAAUCCACGGCUCAACGCAAGGAACUACUCAGGCGACGCAUGGAAGGUCAAGAUGCCGACGAUGCGAUAACAAACAGCCAAACAAAUUCCAUACAGAUAAUACAAGAUCAAACAAGUUCGACAGUUACAAAUCCUUUAUCAAAUGAAUUAACUUCAAAAUAUUAUCAACGAGACAGCAGCGAGACACUACGUGUUGCAUUAAACAGCAACGAUACAUAUUUAAAGCAAAAGAACGACGAAUUACUUGCAGAAUUAAAUUCAAUGAGAGAAAAAUACCAAAGACUUACUAAUUUCGCAAAAACAAUGGUAGACGAAAAAACAUUAGCUGAAAAGCAAGCAAAACUUACAGAAAUUGCACAUUCAAUGCAGAAUAUCGGAUUUUUACAAAAUUCAUCAACGAAUACAUGGUUUGAAAGCACCGAAACAACCUCCCUCAACAAACAAAAAGAAAUACUACAGCAGAAAAUCGAUAAGAGCGAUUCCCAAGCUUUAAUUAAAGUUUAUAAAAAAGAAAUGGAAGUCGUUAAGGAUAAGGAGAAACGAUUACAGGAAGACCGCAACCGAAUACUCAACAUGCUGGAAGCGGAGAAACACAAUUUACAGCCUGCUCAUCUCUUAGAUAAUGAAAAAAUUCAGUUGAUAGAGCCAAUCGGCCGUGGCGGUUUUGCAGAGGUUUGGAAAGCAUGGGAUUACGAAACCGCCCAAAUUGUGGCCGUCAAAGUCAUUGAAUUACCAAAGAAUGUAAAUUUAGCUCAAUUUGCGAACCAUCUUAAGCGAGAAAUCGAUAUUAUGACAGUUACAGAGCACAAGAAUGUUAUAAAGAUCCUCAGAUACUUCUAUUUAGCUGAUAAUACCGUUGCAUAUGUCAUGGAAUUUGCAGGUGGAGGAGAUCUCAACGGUAUCCUUCGCAAAGUAAGAUUAACAGAGUCAGAAGCACAUAGCAUCAUCAAACAAGUUAUCGAUGGCCUUCUAGCCCUUAAGUCAAAACCAUCUGAUACAUCAGAAGUCAUUAUCCACUACGAUCUCAAGCCAGCGAACAUCCUAUUUGAUGAGAACUUCGUUCCUAAGAUUGCCGACUUCGGUUUGUCUAAAAUUGCCGAUGAAGGAAAGUCAAUUAUGCAAUCUACACCAGGAACAGGCACAGUUGGCUAUACUGCGCCAGAGACAUUCACUUCUAACAAUAAAGUAUCAUUGUCUACAGAUACUUGGAGCCUUGGCAUCAUUUAUUACGAAAUGAUGACAAAUGAUAACGAACUUAAGCGUAAAAUCCAAACAGUUGAUGCUCAGACAUGCGAGAAGAUCGUCAACGAGUCCCUCGAUGAUAAGAAAGUCAAGUCAAAGCUCAGCGAGAAGGGCCAAGAGUUCAUAAAGAUCUGCCUCAGAAAAGAUCCGAAAGACCGACCAACUAUAAAAGCUCUCGCUGAAAUGGACUACAUAAAGAACGCUGUUCCUGCAAGUACAAGAGUGAAGAAACCCAAAUCGAAGAAAGGCGGAAAUUAA